AUGGACACUAGAGUUGCUGCAAAGGCUGAGGGCCGCAAUCCUUUCACCCGUGUGUGUUACAUAUGUGGCCGAGAGUUUGGCUCAAAAUCCCUCGCCAUUCACGAAAAGCAAUGUCUCGCGAAAUGGGAUGCUAGGAACGCCCUGCUUCCGAAAGAGCAGCGACGUCCCAGACCCCGUCCUCCAAAUGCGGGGGGUUCGGGGAACGAUGCAGUCGCCGUAGGGGGCCUGUCAACACAGGAUUACAACGAUGCUGCCUUUGCGACUUUUAUGGACCAAGGCCGGGAAGAAUGUCCAAAUUGCUCUAGAAAGUUCCUGCGCGAUCGACUUGAGGUUCACCUGCGCAGCUGCAAACCAGGGGGGUAUUUUGCCAAAGAGCGUCAGAAGAAGCCAGAGAUACCCCAACCCACCAAAACCAUUGAGACCCUGUCAAAACUACAAUUAACCUCGAAACCGAAGGCUGCGGCUAGUAAAGCAAAGGUUGGCCCUGGGAAAGCAAGUGGCGUCUCACUGGCUGCAGGACGAGAUGAUGUAGCGAGUGCUGCCGAUGGAGCAGGGGGCGAUGGGUGGAAACUGGCAAAAUUCUGCGCAGAUUGUGGGCAUUCAUUCGGCGUAGCGGCAGACAAAUUCUGCCCAUCAUGUGGUUUACAACGCCUGAAAAUAAGUUAG